AAAAAACAAAUUAACUUAAUUAAAAAAUUAAAUACUUCCGAAUACAUAAAUAAUACUAUUAUAACAUUAUUUUAAUUUGGAAAAAAGAUGAACUCUAAAUAAUAAACAAGGAAAGCUGCAUUUGCAGGAUCAUGGUAUGAGGGAAAUCAAGCUAAGUUGAAUUAAGAAUUAAAUAAUUAUUUAUAAAAUGCUUAACUGUAAAUCUCUCCAAUCUAAAAGAUCAAAGCUAUGAUAGGACCCCAUGCAGGAUAUAGGUAUAGUGGACCAACUCAAGCAUGGUCUUAUAAGUACAUAAAUCCUUAAGAACAUUAAAGAAUUUUUCUUCUUGGACCAUCGCAUAGAUAAAGAUUUUAAGGAUGUGGAUUGUCUUCAUGCAAUAGUUUAGAUACUCCAUUUGGAUAGAUAUAAGUUGAUACAGAUGUAAUUUAGGAACUGAUAAAGACAGGCUCUUUUGUACAAACAGAUAAAUAAACAGAAGAAGCGGAACAUAGUUUAGAAAUGCACUUGCCUUACAUCAAAAAAAUUAUGGGAGAUAAACCAUUCACAAUAGUACCUAUUAUGGUCGGAUAAACAUCUUAUGAUUUAGAACAGAAAUAUGGAGGUAUAUUAAGUAAAUACUUUGAUGAUGAAAAGACUUUAUUUAUAAUCUCAAGCGACUUUUGUCAUUGGGGAGAAAGGUUCAACUAUUAAUAUCAUGACCCUCAAGCAGGAAAAAUAUAUCAAUCCAUAUAAAAAUUAGAUAAGGAAGGAAUGGAUUCAAUUGAAUCUCACAGUUCUAAAAAAUUUGCUUAAUAUCUAAAUGAGACCUCAAAUACUAUAUGUGGAAGGCGAGGAAUUGGAAUAUUAUUGCAUAUAAUUGAAUAGAGUGCUCUUUCUAAAACUUUAAAGACAAAAUUUGUUUAAUAUGCUUAAUCAAGUUAAGUAGUUGAUGAAGAUGACAGUUCAGUGAGCUAUGCCUCUGCUAUAACAUAUAUAUGA